AUGGAAGUGGCGGCAUCAGCUAGCGAGGUGCCGGUCACGAUCCUGGCGGCGAAGGUGGACUUCUACAACGGCGUGACGGUCGAUUCCACCACGCUGCCCCACGAUGCAUCCAGCUUCGAUUCCGUUCUUUCGGCUUCGCUGGAGCACUGGAAGAAGGAGGGCAAGCGUGGCGUGUGGCUGGGCAUCCCCAUCGCCCUCUCCCACCUGAUCCCCACCGCCGCCAAGCACGGCUUCGUGUUCCAUUCGGCGGAGCCCGCGUCGGUGAUGAUGACCCGCUGGCUGCCCGACAACGAGACCUGUCUUUUGCCCGACGGCGCCUCGCACACGGUGGGCGUGGGCGGAUUCGUGUACAACGCCGAGAAGCGCGAGCUGCUGGUCAUUCGGGAGAAGUACAUCCCGACGGGCAUGGCGCCGUUCUACAAGCUGCCCGGAGGCUACGUCAAGGCCGGUGAGGCCUUGGGUCUGGCGGCCGAGCGGGAGGUCGAGGAGGAGACGGGCAUCAAAGCCGAAUUUCAGGGCAUCAUCACCUUCAGUUCAGUUCUCACCGCCGCCGCCGCCACUACCCUCAGGCACAUGCACCCGCACCUGUUCUCGAACUCGGACAUCUACUUCGUGGCCCUCCUCAAGCCCCUCUCCUUUGCCACCUCUCGGCAAGAGGAGGAAAUCGAGGAAGUGCUCUGGAUGCCCAUUGACGAGUACCGGACGCACCCGAGUGUGAACGCGGUCAAUCAGCGAAUCGCCAGCCUGUUCGUGGAGUCGCUGGGGCAGGGACGGCCCGCGCUCGGCCUCGAGACCAUCGAGCUCACCAGCGACUGGAUGAAGGCCAAGACCUUCCACGACCUCUACACCUUCUGCAACACCGACGCCAAAGGGAACUAA